AUGUAUCUUCAACAACCGAAACAAUUAAUUUAUCAAGAUCCAGUAUUGUCAAUGCGCAUUCAUUCAAAUUAUUGCAGUCAAAAUGAUUCAAGUGAAGAUGAAACUAUACAACAAACAAAUGAUCUGAAACGAUAUUGUCAAUCAAGAGAUUUAUUUAUUCGUCGACCAUCAAUUGCACUUAUACUUCAACAAAAAAAAAUGCAGCAACAAGAUAAUCCAUGUACAAGUUUUGAACCAAAAUAUUAUCAACCUGACUACUGUAAAGAAUGUUCUAAACAUCAAUGUGUUCAUUAUAACUCAAAAGAUCAAAUUCUGACAGAAAAAGAAUCAAUUUUAAAGACAAAUAAAGAUACAAGAAAAGAUCAGAUAUCAACAGCAGUUCGCACAUCGAAUGGAGUGAACCAAGCAAAUCAACAAAAGAACAGAAGCUUCACAGUUUCAAGUGUCAAUGAUCUAACAAAUUCAACUGCACACCAAGAAAGUUGCAAGCAACAACUAGGACUAUCAAAAAUAUUUGAAUCAUACUCAGAUUCCGAUUUGACCAAGGUGGCUGGAUCCACCGCAGUCAGGGUAGAGUCUGCUUCUUCACAAAUACUUUCAACGACACAGUCGAUUAACAGUCAUAAUAAUGAUAACGUAAUUAAAGAUAAAAUUCGAACAUUAUUUUAUCAUGUUGAUGUUAAUCAUGAUGGUUAUGUUGAUGAAGACGAAUUUGUUAAUUUAAUACAAAAAUUAGGCCUAUCCAAACAAAGUCAACGAUUUAAAUUUGAUAAAAUAAUUAAAAAAGAUGAAAAACGAUUAACUUUUGAUGAAUUAUAUCAUUUUCUAUUAUCAAGAAUUACUCAUAAAUCAAAAUUAGAUUCAAAUUUAGACAAUAAACCAAAAGAUGCACGUCGAAUGGAGAAGUUUAAACAAAAGCUUGAACGACAAAUAUCAGACAAAUUAGAAAAUAAUGAAGAAUUUUCAACCCGAAUGCAAAGUCUAUUGGAAAAUAUUGAUUGUAAUGAAAUAACUGAAUAUUUAGCACAACGUUGGAUCAACUUCAAUAAUUUUCAAAGACUUGGUGGUGAGUUAGUUGAAGAUAUUUUGCCUGGUGAAUAUGAUUUAUAUAAAUUAGCAUGUUGUACAAUUGAACCAAAACACGCUCAAAUAAAAAAUGUUCGUUGGUUAUCAUGUUCUCAGCCGAAUGUAUCUGGAAUGUGUGCAUUUCCAACUGAAUUUGAUGGAAGAAUUCCAGUUGAUAUAGCAACAAAUGAGCAUUUGUCAUAUUAUGGAUGUUGUUUAGCUAGUAGUGCACAAACGAAAGUUUCAUUAUCUCAUCGACAUUGUUUACAAGAUUUUGUAUAUAAUGAAAAUUAUGUACAAGAUUAUGUUAAGAACGAUGGACACGGCGGAUUGGAAAUGCAUGGUUUUGCACAUUUGGACUGUCCGUUAGAUGAUAAUAGUGGCUAUUUUAUAUUAGGAAAGUUCGUUGAUAAAAAUAAUAGUGAAUUACAUUUAACAGCAUUUCACAUACCAAAAAAACACACAUUAUACGUUCCACCAAUGACAAUUCAUAGUAAUGAUUAUUUGAAAGGUACAUGGCGAACAAUGUUAUCUGAUGAAACAAAUGUUGAUCAUGUUAGUUUAGCUCAUCAACAUCGAUUUAAUGGACAUGAUACAUAUGAACAUUUUACAUUCGAGUUUGUUCAAUAG